CAGUUUGUGUCCUCCAUACAUUUCCCUCCUCGGGGCGGUCACCAUCUUGUUCUGUCUGAACUCUUUGAUUCGGUCUGUUGGUGACGUCAGACAAAGAGUAAAUCUGGUCUGUUAUUGGCAGAUUUCCUGAAAAGAGGCGGGAGCAGAGUUUGUAGUGAGCGCUGAUUGGCCGGCGGGUCCGUCGGUCAGUGCUCGUGCGUGUGGCGUCUGUGGGUCAGGUUGAUGGAGCGCUGUGGAGGAGAAACACGGUGAAGGUGCUGCGAGCAGCGGAAACUUUUCUGUGUCCCUCCGCUUCGUGUUUUUCCUUCGUCCCGCCUUUUUCGGCUCUUUUUCACUCACUUUACUUUCUUUUUUCAAACUUCACGGCGGUUUCUCCAGUUUACGGUCCCAGUGGUGUCUCCCUGGCAACACGAUCAACUGUCCUGCGAAGUUUGGGUCGGUGUUUUUACCUUCAGCGGAAAAAAGCUGCUCGUUCACGCGCUGAGCUAACGGAACCGAGCCGGGACCGACGGGAGCGCGAGCAGAGGCUCUCCCGGUACUUUUUUGGUUCCGUUUCCGUUCGUGUGGCUCGGACCGGCUCUUAGUCGCGAGACAAUAGUGAGGGAGAGAAAGAGAGAGGGAGCUCGCGCUGGUGGCGGGGAGGGGUGUCGAUGCCUCGCGGCGCUUUGUUCUAUCCGCUGUGGAGACCUCCCGCGUGCCCGCCGCGGAUACCCGCCGAUCGAUCGGAGUAUUGAUGACCGAGCAGAGCCAUGGACGUCACCCUGUCCGAGCUGCUGGGCGCGUUCAUGGAGUCCCCCCUGGUGGUGUGGGUGCGGACGCUGGGCCCGCUGGGGUCAGGUGACGACGCCGGCUCAGACGAGCGACUCAGCAUGUUCAUGGAGCUGGUGGACGGCGUCUUCCUGCACAAGAUCAUGACACACAUCGACCCGAGCCCCACCAAUCAGAGGCUGAACAAGAACGUGAACAAUGAUGUGUCGCUGCGCCUUCACAACCUGACAGUCCUCACCAGACACAUCAGGACGUACUACCAGGACACGCUGCAGCAGCUGAUCGUCAUGCCGCUGCCCAACAUCCUCUGCAUCGCCAAGGACCCGAUAUCAGCAAAGAGCAUGGAGGAACUGAAGAGGCUUUUGUUGCUGAUUCUGGGCUGUGCUGUGCAGUGUGAGCGUAAGGAGGAGAUGAUCGAGAAGAUCAAGCUGCUGGACAUUCAGACUCAGGCUGCCAUCGUGUCUCACAUCCAGGAGGUGACCCACAACCAGCUGAAUGUUCUGGACCUGUCCUGGCUGGAGGAAGGAGCAGAGAUCAUCCACGAGGAGCUCGAGCCUCUGUCCCGCAACAUGGCGGCGUCCCUGCGGCAGCUCAUCGACCAGCGAGACAAAGCCAGCGAGGUGAUUGUGGACCUGACCCAGGAGAGGGACUACCUGUCCAGUCAGCAACCCCAGGACGGGUGCAGGGGCCUGGGCAUGAUCGGCCCGGAGCAUGGGCGGAGCUCCGCAGGGGCGGGAGUGAAUAACGGCGGCUCGGCCGGGGCGGCGCUAUCCAAGGAAGAGAAGCAGCAUUUGUCCGUGGAGCUCGCCGACACCAAAGCCAAGCUCCGCAGAUACAGACAGGAGCUGGAGGAGAAGACGGAGCAGCUGAUGGAUUCGAGGCAUGAAGUGGAGCGUUUGGAUCAGGAGCUGCAGAGACUGAAACAAGAGAACCAGUCUCUGUCCGUCGAGGCGCGCUCCGCCCGGGUGUACCGGGACGAGGUGGACUCCAUGCGGGAACGAGCCGCACGCGUCGACCGCCUGGAGACCGAACUGAGCAGAUGCAAAGAGAAGCUCAACGACGUUCACUUCUACAAAACCCGAGUGGAGGAGCUCCGGGAGGACAACCUGACCCUGCUGGAGACGAAGGUGUUGUUGGAGGAGCAGCUGUCGGCCUCACGGGGGCGCUGUGACAAACUGCACACGCUGGAGAAAGACAACCUGCUACUGCGGGCAAAGAUCCACGACCUGGAGAUGGAGCGGGACAGCGAGCGGCGACGGCUGGAGGAGCUGGUGGAGGAGAACAUGCUGCUGGAGAUCGGACAGAAGCAGAGCAUGAACGAGUCGGCUCACCUGGGCUGGGAGCUGGAGCAGCUCACCAAGAACCACGACAACACCAACACCGAGACCCGCAAGUCUCUGGUCGACGAGCUGAACGAGUGCGUCUCCAGCCGCAUGCUGAAGCUGGAGAAGGAGAACCGGGAGCUGCAGGCGUCCAUAGAGAGGCUGAAGGAGGAGAACCACCUCCUGCAGGAGCACCAGCUCCACACGCAGGAGCUGGACCGGGAGAACCAGAGUCUCAGCAACAAGCUGGAGCGUCUCCAGGGUUUACUGGACCAGGAGAAAAUAACCAAUCAGGACAUGGAGGCUCUGGGGGAGGAGCUACUGAAGGAGAAACAGAGUCUGGAGCGCGAGAUGCACGUUCUGAAGGCAGAGAAGGACCGACAGAUCUCAGAGCUGGAGAGCGAGAAGCAGCACCUGUCGGAGGCAGUGGCGUCCCUUCAGGAGCGCGCACAGUCUAACAGCGUGGCGAGGGUCCGCGAGGUGGAAUCAGAGAACCGCCUGCUGCACCAGAGCAUCACCGACACCAGCUCCCGAUUGGCCAGCCUGGAAACGCAGCUCAAAGUAUCCAAUGAGGAGGCAGAGAGGCUGAGGGAGCGGGCGGGGCGGUGUGAGGAGGCGGAGCGAGAGGUGGCGCGGCUGGAGAGGAGCCGGGAGGCGCUCAGCAGAGAGGUGGCGUCUCUGCGGGCGUGCAGUGAGCGCUCCGAGGCUCUGGAGAAACAGGUGACCUCCUUGGAGCAGGAGGUGCACAGGCUGAAGCGGGAGGCGGAGGAGAGCCAGCGGGAGCUGCAGCGGCUGACGAAGCAGGAGGCAGAAAAUGGACUGCUGUCCAAGGAGAACCUGGAGCUCCGCUGCUCCCUGGAGAGCCUGCGCUCCUCAUCCACCCGCCUCACCACUGUGCAAGAGGAGCUCCAGGAGGCGCAGAGGGAGAUACAGGAGCUGCAGAGGAGGCUGGAUCAAGCUGGGGAGGAGAAGCAGGGAGAGAGGAAGAGAGUGGAGAGGCUGGAGGUGAACCUGGCAGCUCUGAACCAGGAGAAGCAUCACAUAGAGGAGGAGAUGGAGAAGAGCAAAGAGGAGAGGGUGGAGGAAGAAAGGAGGCGGCAGGAGGCAGAAAGCAGAGAGGAGGACCUGAAGAGGGAGGUGGAGGAGCUGAAGGAGGAGCGGAGGAGGCGAGUGGAAGGAGACGAGGAGAGGAAGAAGCUCCAGCUGGACCUGGAGCAGUCGGAGAAGGGCCGGAAGCAGCUGGAGAAGGAGAGCUGGAGGAUGAGGACGCUCCUGGAGGGGAAGGAGACGGAGCUGGAGGAGAAAACCAGGAGGCUCACUGAGGUCACGAAGGAGGGAGGAGCUCUCAAGAAGGAGGUGGAGCGAAUGAAGGAGGCGGCGGUGAAAGCAAAGGAAGUGGAGCGAGAGAACAAGGAGCUUCAGAAACAAGCGACGAUCGACAAGAGGACGCUGGCCACGCUGAGAGAGGAGCUGGUGUCGGAGAAGCUGAGCGUUCAGCAGCAGAAGGUCGAGCUGGAGCGACUGAACGAAGAGCUGGAGAAGAUCGGACUGAACCGGGAGAAGCUGCUUCAGCAGGAGCACACGCUGGAGGACAGCAGGUACAGGCUGCUGGAGUCUCGGCUGGAGGAAACCGUCCAGCAGACCAUGAAGGUCAAGGAGGAGAAAAUCUCCAGCCUGGAAAAGAAGCUGGAAGAAAGCGGCGCCCUCAACAAGACGCUCCACGCGGAGCUGGAAGCUGCUCGUCAGACGGCGUCCACCUCGCAUCAGCAGCACGAGGAAGUAAACCACAACUCCCAGCAGCACCUGGCGGCUGACCGCAGCGCCACGGCCGAACUGCUGCGAAUCAAAGAUCACCUGAUCGACGUGGAGAAGAACAACGCCUCCCUGCAGACGGAGAGCAGUCUGCUGAAGGAGCAGCUGAAGCAGCUGGAGAACCAGAACACUUCCCUCAACAACCAGAUGGCGGCGCUGCAGCGGCACACCACCACGCUGCAGGAGCAGAACUCGGCGUUGCACACGCAGACGGCGAAGCUGCAGGUGGAGAACUCCACCCUCUCCUCUCAGAGCGCCUCUCUCAUGGCCCAGAAUGCCGUGCUGCAAGGCCAGGUGACCGCCCUGGAGACGGAGGUGGAGUCAUGGCAGCGGCAGCGCGAGGAGGCGUGGCGAGCCAGAGAGGGCGUGCUCAGCGAUCACGAGCGCCUGCUGAGCGUUCACGAGAGGCAGGCUCACGAGUACGAACAGCUGAUCAGUCAGCACGCGGCGCUGAAGGGCAAACAGAGGGCGCUGGAGAGCGAGCACAGGACGCUGCACGGCAAGUACUGUGCACUGCUGCAGCAGAAGGAUGAAUUGGAGGCGCGUGAGGGGCGUGGCCUGAAAGAGAAGGAGGAGCUAAACCUGGAGUUCCAGAAGAACCGCCUCCUGCAGCAGGAAAACCUCCAGCUGAAAACAGAUGUGGACAGACUCUCCGAGAGCCAAUCACAGCAGGCGGAGCAGAGCAAGGGACUCCAGCAGCGACUCAAUGAACUCAAGAGCUCUUUAAGCUCCGCCCAGCUGGAAGUGAGUCAGUGGAUGGCGCGAUACGAUUCGCUGAUGGAGCAGCACCAGACGCUGGAUCUCGCCAUGACUAAACUAGACAACCACUGUGAGCUCCUGAGUCGCCUCAAAGGGAACCUGGAGGAGGAGAACCACCACCUGCUGAGCCAGAUCAACCUGCUGAGUCAGCAGAACCACACACUGCUGGAGAGGAGCAUGGAGAGCAAGGAGCUGUACCACCAGGAGCAGAAGCUCUACAUUGAUAAGCUGAACGCUCUCCGUCGUCAGAAGGAGAAACUGGAGGAGAAGAUCAUGGACCAGUACAAGUUCUACGACCCCACGCCUAAAAAGAGGAGUCAGUGGGCCGGAGCCAAAGCUUUAGUCAAACUCAUCAAACCCCGAAAGGAGAGCAGCCGGGAGAGGGGGGCCGAGAGGGAGCGGACUAAGAGCGCCCCGGACAUCCCUCUACCUGCCACGCCCCCCCUCCUGCCCCCCGAGACCCCGCCCCCUCCACCCCAGAGGACCCUCAGUGACUCGCAGGACGGCGGACAUAACAGCCCGGGCCCCCAGAGUCCAGCUGUGACCCCCAUCAGCCGAGGCUUGGCGGACAGGGGCCGGGGCGUUUAUCACAGCAGCACGCCAGGAGGAAGCAGCGAAAGCGUCAACGGAGAAGAUGCACAGGGACCAGGUCAGACCCAUAAAAUCCAUCUGAGCUCCACUCCGAGCCAUCCGUCGUCUUCGCUGGGCUUCACCAGCAGCUCCGCCUCCAGGCUGGGGCAGAUCGCCGUGCGCAGGCCCAGAGGCCCGUUACUGGACGAAGACUCGCGCCACAACGCCUCGGACCCGGCGUUCGGAGGUCGCCCGGGGUCAGCCGACUUAAGCCACAACACGUCCAGCUCCACCUCACCUGUGAGCUGCAGAGAUUUCUCGGAACGCCAGGGCCGCUCCGCCAGCCUCUCCAGUGACGACGUCACAGGUCUCAGCCAAUCACAGCUGACCCUGUCGCGAAGCUCCACCCUUCCAUAUGACCACGCACCCCAGAGGGCCCAGCCACAGCGUGGCGGCGGGGUCAGAAGUAAGACCCGCCCUGCUUCUCCUGGGAGUGAGAUGGUGACGCUGGAAGAGUUCCUGCAGGAGAGCAACCUGCAGUCUCCUCCUGUGGUGUCCACAGGAAGCAGAGAGGACCUGGUGACGGACUAUUUUGCUAGAAGCCCCGCCUCCUCAGCUCCUGCCUGCAGAGAUCAGGCAACGCCCACCAGCUACGUCACGCCCACCGUGCAGUCGUCCAAUCAGAGGCCGGGACAGAGUGUGAAGCCCUCGCCCCGUCAGCCCGUGGGCCAGUCGCCGGCCUCGGGUCAGAGAAGCAGCCAAUCACUGAGCAGGACCUUCAGCCUGGCCUCGGCCGACCUGCUGCGCUCUAACGGGCCGGACAGCUUCAGAGGACACGACGGCUCCCCCGGCCAGGCUGACGCUGUGGUGCGGCGUCAAGGAGGCGGGACCACUGGGAGAGAGCGGCCGCUGUCGGCUCGUUUUACCGCUCUGUCCAAUCAGCACGCAGAUGGCAGCUUCCUGAACCCGCCCAUCCACCACUCCGCCUCCCUGAACCUGCAGGCGGAGCGCUACGCGGAGCGAGAGCGGGACCGAGGGCGGAGCGCCGCCUCCCGAAAUGGCCCUCACCGUGGAGAAAUUGCCAUGGUAACCCCAGUGAGAGCGACGCCUGCCACUCAGCCUGACGACACCCCCGAGUACGCAGAGGUCCCGAGGGAGGGGCGGUUGGGCGACUCCGCCCACAUGAAGAAGGAUGGCGAGAGAGGGAGGUGUGGCUCGGUGGAACGCCCAAAGAGCACCCCAGCGUCACCCGACCCCAACAACGACCCGCAGACGGUGUGGUACGAGUACGGCUGCGUCUAAAUACCGGAGCGCCACGCCCUGCAUCCAGCCUCAGAGACAGGAAGUGAGACUGAAGCCACCCUUUCACUUCCUGUUAGUAAAUAAGUGGACAGGUGAGGCAGUCACAUGAUCAUCACUCUGAGGUGGAUGCAGGACUGGAUGGACACUAUCAGCGCUCCCCAUGGGGGGGCGGGGCUUACCGGAGCGGGACGUUUCCUGAAAACAUCUUUUUUGGAUUCUAUAGUGACGCCAAGCUGACGCUCCGUCUCUAACACACACAGAGAAGACGCUGCUCCAUCACCUCCACCCUGCAGCCACCACAACACAACACUACGAGCGGCCCUGUCUAACUGCUGGACUCUCUGCAGGACCGCCGCCUGAAUGUACGGGACACCACAUUCCCCGCCUCCAAAAUCACGCCAAACACUGGAAAAGACACAGGAGGGGUGGAGGAGGGGUGGGGGUGGGGGGUAAACAGGACGGGCGGAGAGCCUCCUCCCUUUUAAAUUACAGCCCUGCUCCAUCCAUCUUUAGAUUCUAUCCCAGCAUGCAACGCUCUGACACUUUACUGGAAAUGUUGCUCAACCCAAGCCGACACUAGACACACACACAAAAACACACACACACACAUUUAUAUAAUGAUAGAGAGACACUCAGGCUUUGUCCUUGGGGGGUUUCUGUGGCUUCUCUGCUCAGCUGGAUUUAAUUCAAACACACACACACAGACACACACUCUCACACACACACACACACACACACACAGACACACACUGAGGUUUGGAGCCUGCGGCUGAGAGUAAAAUCAUUCACGUGUUUCCUCUGAGCUGUAACAGCCACUGUUUUGGUGUUUGUGUUAAUUAUAGAUGGAACACACACACACACACCUCAUUCCCGGAUUCACGCUCAUUUGGUGAUUGUCUGUUUGUCUCAGAGGUCAGAGGUCACGUGAAUGAUUUUAGUGUUUUUCCCUCUGGCUGAGCUCACAGACACUUCGGGGAGGAAGAGGAGGCACAAUGACUGAAGGUGUGUCUCACACACAGCUGAUGAUAUUUAAUGACUGACCUUUGACCUGCUGUUUCAAAGCACUACAUUAACGAUGAUGAUGAUGAUGAUGGUAGAGAUGAAGAUGUAACACUGGAGUUAUGAAAUGAAGACUGAGCUGAUAUGAGUUAAAUUAUUCCUCCUGGAAUUUGUACGUGUUUGAUUAUUUUUUUUUUUUUUUUACUUUGAAAAUACCAAAUGACUUCCUGUGUGUGUGGCGGCGCUGCAGGUCGAUGAUGUCAUGUUACCUGUGCGUUUGCUCUGUGUUUGCUGUAAAGUCGACCUGUUCUGCUGGUUACUGCUGCACCUGUGAGAGUGGCUGAGCAUGAGUCUCAGCUCAGAAUAAUGCUUCUGUGUCUGAGCCAUCCUCUGUCUGAAUCAGGCUGCUUUAGCUCCUCCCUCUGCGAGGCUGGAUUCAUACAUACACAUCAUGCUCAUUUCUCAGCAGCCAAUUAAAUCCUCCGGCUUCAUCACGAGCCAAUCAGAUCACGUUCUAAGAAUAUCUGAGAGCGAGCGAGGUGGCUGUUAGAAAACUUUCUUCUGAUUGGCUGCCCCUCACAAACAGUUUGAAUGCAGGUGGGUGGGGCCUCUGUGACACCUUUGUGACAUCACUUAGAUCACCUGUGCAUGCAGCAGGUGGGUGACGUUAAGAAGAACUGUUCGACUUUAUGGGCUCUUCCUACUUCCUGUGUGCUCGCUGCGAAGCGUCAUCUUUCAUACGGAGGAGGAAGUGAAAGAGGAAGUGGCAGCGUCAGUGACGUUCCUGCUGUAACUGGAUUUGCUGUAGUUCACUUUAAGACGAUUUCUGCUGCGGUCGCUGCAGACGCGCUCAGAGGCUGAGAGCAGAAACAUGUCAAAGCUUUUUGCUAAUAAAGAUUUUUAACCUUUGA